GAGCGAGAGAUUCGCGGUAUUUGGUAGGAUGUGCUGUUUUGCGGGCCUAGUAUUUGGUAAGCUAUUUGGGUUUAAAGGAUUGAGUCUUAUAACAAUGCUGUAUACUGAUGUCUCCUCCUACGCCUACAGAAUAGUUUCGUAUAAUGGAAGAUAUCGGAGGAAUGGUGAUAUAUCUGCUCAGACUUUAUAAGCAAGGUGAUUACCUUCUUCAUCUGAGCCUCGUCCUCGGCGGGAUAGUACUUGGACAUGUUAUUGUUCGACAUCGUGUCAAUCUGUUUUUGGAUAGGCGGAAACCGGAAACUUGCACGUAUAUCCAGGCAAAAUGUACAGCCGAAUGAUUGUGCAGCCCGUACUCUGAUGUUGUUGUUUGUUU